UUUUUCAGAAUGAUCUCUGGGAGAGGAUCUGGAACAAGAAACAAGAGCUCCGACUUUCAACUCCCGAGUCGGUUAUUCCCAUUUGCUCAAGUCGUAAGCGUCUAAUCUGGCCACGAACAAUCGGAGGUUUGGAACCUCAUCGUCUCUCUCUCUCCCCCUCAAAGCGUCUUCGAAGUCGAAUCUGGUUUUCCUGUUAGCUGCAUCGAGUAUGUUCAAUUCUAGACUCACACAAGUUGGUCGGAUGGUCAAGCAGCUGACAAGAGCAGGUCAAUUCGCAUCUGUAACUAGAGCAGAGUACUUGCAAAGGCCAUACAAUUGUUAUCUGCAGCCAGUGAUAUAUCAUCCUUUCUCUACCACAGCUGCUGAUAAUAGUUGCAAGGAAGUGAAUGAACAGGAAGAAAAGAGGAUAUCUGUGACAUUUGUUGAUAAGUAUGGAGAGGAGAAGCAUAUCAAGGUCCCUGUUGGAAUGUCUAUGUUAGAAGCUGCCCACCAAAAUGACAUAGAACUUGAAGGAGCGUGUGAAGGUUCGCUCGCAUGUUCCACAUGUCAUGUGAUUGUGAUGGACAUUGAUUACUAUAAUAAACUAGAAGAACCAUUGGACGAGGAAAACGAUAUGUUGGAUCUGGCUUUUGGUCUUACAGAAACGUCUCGCUUGGGUUGUCAGGUUAUCGCUAAGCCUGAACUUGAUGGAAUUCGCUUAGCGCUACCUGCUGCCACUCGAAACUUUGCUGUUGAUGGGUAUGUACCGAAACCACACUGAAUACUUAGAGAAGGCAGACAGCGCAUGUCACUGUCUCAGUUUUGUAGAAUUCCUCUUCUUAGUAAAAACUAUACAUAUCCAUAGUCAUUUUUAUGUAAUGGUUCACUAAUUGUAAUGUCAAUUAUUUGUAGUUUUUGAAAUAAAUUAAUCUUGGAUUUCCAUUUUUUUUCUUCUGGUGGAUAUUCAGUAACAUCAACUCAUAUCUGUCAACUCAUUCAUGAAUCUAAAAAGGACUUCUAGCCA